AUGGUCAGGAGUCGGGAAGUUGAUCACGACCCAGAAGAAACUCGGUACACAGAGCCGUUUCAGACCCCAUUGCCAAACAUCACCCGAACUGGGAUACCUGGAGGCUCGAUUCCGCUUGCUGUCCGAGAUUCCCUUUUCCACCCAGACUCACCUCCCACCAUGGCACCUCGCCCAAUCACCCCUCCUCUGUUUCUGCGGGACAGUGAUCCUCUUCGAAAGCGAUGUCGAGUACCUCAUUCAUCUCCACCGUCAGCCUCAGUCCGGGCGCUGGGUUUAUCAGAAAGACCCCGAAACUUGGAAUCACCUGCGCGCCAAUCGCACGCCGUUUCUGCAUUUUCGGAACCGAGUGGGAAGCCCGUUCCCCGCACCAAGUUAAAAGACCCUGAGACCAAUCUCACAAGAGAGAACAUGGCAGCUGUGGAUGGGUGGAGUAACUCUUAUUUUGUUUGGUGGGUAUCUCAUCCUGUUUCAUUAGUUGCGUAUGUUCCCGCCGCUGCUGACUUCGUCACCUCAGAUCAACCUGUACCUUCUCUAAUUGCUGACCAGAGCGCAGAUGACCCCGGGAGUGAUAAUAUCGAUGGAAUAUUAUGGGAACAAUCGCCCGAGCCAGAAAGGCACUCUUUUUAA